ACUCAUAAACAUAAGCCAUAGAGAGUUCCUGCGUUCGCUUUGUUUUUAUCCAAAUUUGAAGUGUUUUCGCUGAUUUCACUGCUUCAGCUGUGUAUUUAAAGUGCUGUUUGCUCUUUCUAAGCGAUGAAUUUGAGGAUACGGCGUUUUAAUUCGAGAUUGACGCUCUCUCCACUUGGUUUCAGUCGAAUAUUCUUUCGACACCGAAGAAAGAUUCGACUUGAAGACAAGAAAAUCCUCGAAUAAUAAGAACAAGAACUACAAUAACUACAAUGGAAUCCUCCUCGACUAAGGUUACGAAGGUUAUAUUGCCUAGAAACCCCGAUGGAGGACGAAACAUUGUUUGCGAAAUUGACUCUAAACACAUACAAGUUGGCGACAAYAACAAAGUCUUCGUCAUUGAAAGCACCGAUCGAGGAAAGACCGACAGCCUUCCGAAAAUAGAAAUAUUAGAUCUUGGCGAAAGCGGAAAUGAAAUUCCACAGAAUACCACAGUUCGAACAGAUUGUGUGCAGGUGAUAACGGGAGAUGAUUCUGGACUGCAGAUUAAAGUAAAAUCCAUUGUAGAAGAUAGCACUGUACAAAUUGGAAACGAAGCAGAGUUGAAUUUAGUCUUCCAUGGCCAUAAGGAAGACAAGACAAUUUCGAAAAAUGUCAGAGAACCAAAAAGUUUACCUCCUGCUGUAAAGAAAAGACAUAAACAUAAGAAAAAACGACUGGUUGAUAAACAUAAACUAAAAGCGGAAGCUAUCUCCCGACAAUCCCCACCCAGCGACGAGUCAAUAAUACUUUACAAGAGAUUUUUCGAAGAGGUUUUGGCCGUUCUUCAUCCCUUGAGAGAUAACGGAGAAUGGGAUUUGUUUUACGACAAAUUAAACGAGUUUCGUUCACAGGACGACAGCGAUACAACGUGGAAUAUCCUUCUUUCAUUAGAACAGGCUCAACAAAUGUGCUAUCACUCGUCUGAAUCUAACAUUGUUGAAGCGGCAACCAUUUUAUGCCAGGCAUUAAAGAAGAUUAAGGCACAGAGAUGUUUGGAUCCAUCAAUCACGCAGUUGUGCGAAGGCAGGGCCUACUGUUACCUUGCAUCAGCKUAUCGCCACCAGAAAGGAAACUUUCACGGAAGAGUAAACGAAUGUCUAGCCGAAGCCCAAAGUAGGCUUCGGGGCACUCCCUUUUUGUACGACGAGGCGACAGUUUACUACGAAAAAGCCAGCUUUCUCCUAGAGUUUGACAAGCAAGGUUCUAAUGCUGAAGAGAUCCGAGUCUGUCUUGACAAAUGCGCUGAGCUAUGUGAUGAAAUCAGCAAGGAACGAAAAUGGGACUUCGUCAAAAAGGGUCAUUUUGCCAAGCUAAAAAAAGCUAUGUUAUUCCUGAAUUGUACUACAAACGUGGGUCGUAAGAGAAGAAUCAGUGACGAGCACCUUGAAGAGGCGAAGAAAUGCUUACAAAUAUUCGAAACCGAAAAUAGCUGUGGCAAAAAAGUGCCGGUAAGUGUACAAUUGCAAAACCUACUAACAAAUUCCGACAAAGCAUUUCGUUGCUCUUCUUACCAUGAAGCGAAAGAAAUAAUCGAAGAAGCCAUUGCAUUAGCAACAACUCAUGGCUUUGAUGAGACGCCCUCCUUAAAGCGACGAAAAGACAUAGACAGAAUGCUACAAAAAGAGUCUUUAGUCCAACAACCAACACUCUGUAGCGACGAUGAUGAAUGCUCAGAACAAAAUGGUUCUGAAGAAGCUGAUGUUAGCGCAACAACAGAAGAUACAGAGUGAAAACAGCUGAAAUAAACAGGCCAGAGAUUGAUCGCUCUAAGUCCAAAAUGUUUAUAUGUCUGUCUGUCCAUCUUUAAAGACUUCGGCUGCUGAUUCCCUUGUCAAAUUACAGACAUAUACACUUAAAUGUAUUUAUAUAUAUCACUGGAAAAAAAUCGCGCGCUUUAAAGGUUGUAAAUUUGAUGUAAAUA